CUUGACCCACCCUUACGCUGAGUUCCCGAAUUCAGUGUCCCCACACCCUAACCUUGGCCAGCAGGCCUUAGCUUAAUGGACUUCUUAGCACCCCGCCCCAUCAUUAAAUUCUCAGCUGCUUUAUUUCUGAUUUGCAUUUUCCAUGGCUGAGUGAAUCUGCUGACUUCCUUUUUCUUUUUCUGUUACAGAUUUUGUGCACAGAUGCCUGUAGUAGCGUCCCCUGUGGUCUGGAGACAACCGCCACAUCUACAACCAUCAAGAUUCAUGCUAAGAAGGCGCCAGAAAACGGUUCACAAAUAAAUAUGACCGAUUUGAGAGGCCAGAAUAAGCGGAAUUUCACCCUGAGCAGUGACGGCACCGCCUUACUCACGGAGCUGGUUCCUGGGACGGGCUAUCGUGUCAGAUCCUCGGAUGGCUCUAGUUUCUGCUGCGAAGUGUGGACAAAACCCAGUCCUGUGUAUGCCGUGGAUGCUGUUUCCAUCGGUCCAACCAGUGUGACUCUAACGUGGAGGAUCGAUGACCUAGCUGCGUCUCAAUACAAGUACCAAGUAAAGAGUGAGACGGAAAAUCAGCGGCUGAUUCCUGGUGCAAAUCAAAGCAGUGUGCACAUCCCAGGCUUAAGUCCAGCGACUUUAUAUACCUUCUCCAUCACUCCAGAAAUAAGUGGGGCUUUGGGAAAUAUCACGUUUAUAAAUGUCACAACAGGGCCACUUCCAGUCUCUGGUCUUCGUGUCUUCUCCAAGGGUGUGACAGAAGUUGCUCUUACCUGGGGGAAUGAUCAUGGCACUGCCACCUGCCGGAUACUCCUUCAAGACACAGGGAGCCAGGAGGAAUUGAAUCAAAACUUAGCAGUCAAUAUUUCAGACCUGAAGCCAGGGUUUAAAUAUAAGGUCACCCCGUAUGUUGCGGAAUCAAGUAAAGCACAAAGAGACACCCUGGAUGGAGGGCGUGGCUCAGAUGCCAAUGGCACAGAGAGCUCGGCCCAGAUCUCCGGGAGCCCCCUGGGCCCUGUGUAUGAAUACCGACUGAAACCUGAGGACCCAUCCUCCGUGUAUCGCCUGAAUGACACGGAGGUCUGGCUUCUUGGGUUAAAGCCUGGCACAGGGUACAAGGCCACCGUUUAUUCUCAAACACCAGCUGGCGUGGAAGGACAGUCCCAGGCCGUGGAAUUCAGUACAAAUUCCCUUCGGGUUCUUGACCUUGAAGCUGCAAACAUCACUGCCACGAGCAUGACCCUGACCUGGAAACUCAAUGAUAAUGACUCGUCCUCUGUCUACAUCUAUGAGAUUCAGGUUGUUGGGGAGACUAAUCUGUUAAUUUUCAACGCCACCGAGACUCGGGCUGUCAUCUCCCCGCUCAGCUCCAGCACCUUUUACAACAUCACCGUGAGCCCUUUCCUGCAGGGCGGCGCUGCGGGCGUGCCGGCCUCCCUCCAGGUGUACACCCCUCCUGGUCCAGUUUCCGACUUUCGAGUGACGAGCGUCACCACAAGGAGUGUCAGCUUGGCGUGGAGCAGCAAUGACUCGGAUUCCUUUAGGAUACUUACCAGACAGGACGGAGCUGGAGAACCUCGGGAGGAAACAACCAACCAGAGCAGUAUUGUCAUUGGUGGCUUAUACCCUGGCGCCAAGUACUGUUUUGAAAUAUUUCCACAAGGACCGAACGGGACUGAAGGGGAUUCCCAGACAGUUUGCAACACAACUGACCCCAGUAGGGUGUUUGACAUCCGCGUGGUCCACGUCACCACAACUGAAAUGCGCUUGGAGUGGCAGAGCACGGACAAUGCCUCUGACUACACCUACCGUCUGGAUCUGGUGUCUGAGUACGGCUCUAACCACACGAACAGCUCUAGCAAAGCCAUCACCCUCGGGGGCCUGAUCCCGGGCACCCUAUACAACAUCACAAUUGUUCCAGAAGUGAACGGCAUCCUGGGGCGCUCCAGCUCCAGGGCGCAGUACACCCGGCCCAGCAAUGUGUCCGACAUUGACAUAAGUACCAACACCACAGCAGCAACCUUCAACUGGCAGAACCCUGAUGAGGCUUCUCCCACAUACACCUACCGCCUUCUUAUUGAGAGGGAUGGGAAUUCCAGCAACACAACUGAAAUAGUCACGGGCAUUGGCGUAACCUAUGCCACGGUCACCGAGUUAAUACCUGGCUCACAGUACACAGUGAAGAUCUUCGCCCAAGUGGGGGAUGCCACUGAGUCACUGCCACCUGGCUCACAGUUAUUCUGUACAGACCCAGCCCCGGUAGCCUCCUUCCGCUGUGAAGUGAUCCCCAAAACGCCAAUCUUGGUGCUCAAGUGGGCCUGCCCACCCGGCGCCAACGCAGGCUUCCAGCUGGAGGUCAGCCAGGGAGACUGGAAAAAUACGACCUACCUGGAGGGCUGCUCCUCGGAGGACGGCGCGGAUUACAGGACGGAAGUCACAUCCUUGAAUUUUUCUACCUCGUAUGACAUCAACGUCACUGCCGUGUCCUGUAACAAGAUGGCCCCUCCCACCCAAAACGCCUGCCUCACGGGCAUCACAGACCCCCCUGCGCCAGAUGGGUCUCCUAAUAUUACGUCUGUCAGUCACAAUUCGGUAAAGGUCAAGUUCAGUGGGUUUGAAGCCAACCAUGGACCCAUCAAGGCCUACGCUGUCAUCCUUACCACUGGGGAAGCUAACCCGUCUGCAGAGGUUUUGAGCCACACUUAUGGAGAUUUCAAAAAGGGGGCCUCGGCUACCUACGUGACAUAUCUCAUAACGACAGAAGACCAGAGACGUUCCCAGGGCUUGUCUGAGGUCCUGAAAUAUGAAGUCAAUGUGGGGAACGAGUCAACCACGCAUGGCUAUUACAACGGGAAGCUGGAGCCCCUGGGCUCCUAUCGGGCUUGCGUGGCCGGCUUCACCAACAUCACCUUUAGCCCUGACAGUGGACUCAUAGACGGGAACGGGAGCUACGUGUCCUUUAGCCGCUACUCAGAGGCCGUUUCCUUGCCCCAGGAUCCAGGUGUCAUCUGCGGAGCCGUUUUUGGAUGUAUCUUCGGUGCCAUGGUUAUUGUGGCUGUCGGAGGCUUCAUCUUCUGGAGAAAGAAAAGGAAAGAUGCAAAGAACAAUGAAGUGUCCUUUUCUCAGAUUAAACCUAAAAAGUCCAAGCUAGUCAAAGUGGAGAAUUUUGAGACCUACUUUAAGAAACAGCAAGCUGACUCCAACUGUGGGUUUGCAGAAGAAUACGAAGAUCUGAAGCUUGUUGGGAUUAAUCAACCUAAAUAUGCAGCUGAACUGGCUGAGAAUCGAGGAAAGAACCGCUAUAAUAAUGUUCUGCCCUAUGAUAUUUCCCGUGUCAGACUUUCAGUCCAGACCCAUUCCGCCGACGACUACAUCAAUGCCAACUACAUGCCUGGCUACCAUUCCAAGAAAGACUUCAUUGCCACACAAGGACCUUUACCCAACACGUUGAAAGAUUUUUGGCGUAUGGUUUGGGAGAAAAACGUAUACGCUGUUGUGAUGCUGACCAAGUGUGUUGAGCAGGGGAGGACCAAAUGUGAGGAGUACUGGCCUUCCAAGCAGGCCAAGGACUAUGGGAACAUCACCGUGGCAAUGACCUCUGAAAUCGUGCUUCCAGAAUGGACCAUCAGAGACUUCACGGUGAAAAACAACCAAACAAGCGACAGUCACCCCCUGCGACAGUUCCACUUCACCUCCUGGCCUGACCACGGGGUCCCUGACACCACCGACCUGCUCAUCAACUUCCGGUACCUCGUCCGUGACUACAUGAAGCAGAGUCCCCCCGAGUCGCCAAUCCUGGUGCAUUGCAGCGCCGGCGUUGGGAGGACGGGCACCUUCAUCGCCAUCGACCGCCUCAUCUAUCAGAUAGAAAAUGAGUACACCGUGGACGUGUACGGGAUUGUCUAUGACCUUCGGAUGCACAGGCCUCUCAUGGUGCAGACAGAGGACCAGUAUGUUUUCCUCAAUCAGUGUGUUUUGGAUAUUAUCAGAUCCCAGAAGGACUCGAAGGUGGAUCUCAUCUACCAGAACACAACUGCAAUGACAAUCUACGAAAACCUCGCCCCAGUGACCACGUUUGGACAAACCAAUGGCUACAUCACCUAAUCCCAAAGGAAACUCUCUCUGGAGUUCACUAGGCCACCACACCCACAGCAGAGGCAAAGGCCCCGGGGUCGACAUGGGUUUAUGUCUAAUAGCUUAAUGCUUUGUUCUGUUUGGUUAGAACGGAUGGAGGGUGUGGAGCUGCACACGUAACACAUGGCAGAUGAGAAGCUGGGGUGUCGGGGGCUGUGGGCCGGUGGUGAGCAGAUCACCUGCAUUCCCGGUCACCCGUGGGAUGAGUUCACUUUUUUUUUCCCCUUGAAAAUUAUGGUGGAAAACCAGGAAAAGUGAGCUAUGAGCUUUUUUUUCUUUCUUUUUCAAAACAGAUUUUUUUUAAAAAAAAAGACUAUUUUAUACGACCCACAUGCGAAAGGCAGGAUCGUGUUGGGUUGAAUCUAUUUUAAGUAUCAGAGGUCUAUUUUUACCUACUGUAUCUUGGAAUCUAGCUGAGGGGAGAUGCGUAGCUGUGGACGACUAUCACGCAGGGCGGGGCACGGGCGCCCCUGCUGCCUGGGUUUUCUAUUUGACCAUGUGCCUUUUCUGAAUUAUGCUUCCACAGGCAAAACUCAGUAGAUUUCUAUAUUUUUGUAUUGACUCUCAUGAUUGGAAUGUGCGGAGUAUUUAAACGGUAGUUUAGUAUCGGCGGUUCGGCCUUCUCGGUAACAUUCCUGUUCUUAUUUGAUUAGAGGAGGCCCCCCACCCCGCCCCCCAUUCUGUGUUCUGUCCUUUCUUCCCUUUUCCCGCCCAGUUUCCCCCGAGACGUGUAUGUCGGUCACGUCGCCAGCCCGCUGGCCGAGGGAGGGUGGAAACGAAAUACCACCUUGAGAAUUUGGGGGGGCAGGUAGGGAAGGAAGCUAAGGAACCCUAUGGCGAUGGGCUCCCCCCUUUUGACCCCGUAUUUCUCUUUUUCUCAUCUCUGUAUUCGGUAAGAAGGAUUAUUUAAAGGUGCAAUAUGUGACUUGUGGUUCAUGAGGCUCUAGGUUCUUAGAAACGUUUUACUCAGGUUGGCCCUUUACGUGCGUCCGUGUGUGUGUGUCCUUCAGCGCGUGGCAAUCUGUGAACACGUCAGUGUGACGACAGUGUCAGGCUAACCCCCGCCCUGCGAAGCCACUGGCUUUCGUCCGUCUGCGGUGACGCGUAACGGUAUCUACUGUAUAUAUAUAUACGUACUAAACCCUGAAAAACAGUCAUUCCUUUGAAUUGAGGUGUACAAAGUUUGAAUUUGUAUCAAAGAUGUAAUUAUUAUUUUUAAAACCUCUUUUCACUAUACUGCUGCUGUAAUUACUUUUGAUUUUUAAAAAUGAAAAAUGUAGAUUAA